AUGUUCCGAUUAAUAAUGUGCACUUUUCUGCUGUCGGGCACUAUGGGCGAAAUUAUUCGCGACGGCCCCUGUGACCUUGACAAUAUCAACGCUGUUAGAGAUUUAGAUGUAACUAAGAUGACUGGGGUGUGGAAUCAAUUAAAACGUAUACAAAAUGCUUUGGAGAUCGGUGCGUGUUCCACUUUGACUAUUACAUUGCAUUCUGAGGCCAACGUGACUCACAUCAUGCUAUCGAAUAGAGAAGUCUAUGAGAAAGCUGCACACGUUCGAGAGGGCCGAAUAGUCCCAAGAGUAAACGGGAUAUUUUCAAUUGAGUAUCAGAAUAUGACUUACGACUCUGUCGUAGUUGCUACAGAAUACUCAAAGUACGCUAUACUUUACAGCUGUAUGCCCGCCACCGAAAAUAAGUCCUCUAUCGUGGCCUGGGUUUAUAGUAAAACUCUGACCCUCGAGCAAGUCGAACAGGACGCCAACUUUACAGCAGCGAUAAACAGUGUCAACGUCUUACAAAACGCUACGUGGGUCGAAACCAAGCAAACGGUAGACGCUUGCAAAAUAAACGCAGGCGUCAUGUUCAGAUUGUCACCGAUCCUUGCAGCUCUCGCGAUGCUCUUUGUUUGCAAGGAUAUCAUUGCGACCAAC